UGAGCUAUCCAACAAUCAGUUCACAGGAGCCAUCCCCAGCACCUUCACUCGCCUCACUGAGAUGAGCCGUCUAGACAUUUCUUCCAACAAUCUCAGCUCAGGCCUUGACGUGGUGGCUCAGAUGACAUGGCUUCAAGAGAUACGGAUCAAUAACAACAACUUCUCUGGUGUGCUUCCCGUGUCCUUCACAGCAAUCAGUUACCUCGAUUAUCUGGAUGCUGGAAACAACCAUUUCACAGGAACCUUCCCAGAUUUUAUUCUGCGCCAGACGGGCCUUCUAUUCCU